UUUGUUGUAAUAAAUAUUAGUUUUAAGUAGGCGCCUACUACCGAAAUAAAUUGAAAAUGGCAUUAAAACCGACUACCUGCAAGGAAGCUAUUGCACGAUGGGAAAAAGAAAAAGGAGAGAACGCCGCUGAUGCCAAAGUGAUAGAGUUACAGUUCCAAUGGCCACCGAUAGAAAAAAUGGAUGGAGCUUUAUCAACACUUGUUGCUUGCGAAAAACUAAGCUUAUCUACAAAUAUGAUUGACAAAAUAGCUGGUAUCGCCGGUAUGAGAAGCCUAAAGAUCUUAUCUUUGGGUCGGAACUAUAUUAAAUCUUUGGCUGGAAUAGAAACUGUCGCGGAAACACUUGAAGAACUAUGGAUAAGCUAUAAUUCAAUAGAUAAAUUAAAAGGCAUUGGAGCUCUAAAAAACUUACGAGUGCUCUAUAUAUCCAACAAUUUGGUGAAAGAGUGGGUCGAAUUCAAUAGAUUACAGGAAUGCCCAGCAUUGAGAGAUCUUGUUUUUAUCGGUAACCCUUUAUGUGACAAUCAGCCUGACGUAGAAACUUGGCGCACCCAAGCCUCCAAUCGCUUGCAACAAAUAAUCAAAUUAGAUGGCAUACCUAUUGUUAGAGAUACUGAUUAAAAGACAAAUAGGUAUUUUAAUAAUUAUUAAUUAAAUUAUGUAACCAUGGAAUAUCAUUGAAAUAAAGCUUGUUAUAU